AUGGGGGCCGGGGCCAGCGCUGAGGAGAAGCAUUCCAGAGAGCUAGAAAAGAAGUUGAAAGAGGAUGCUGAGAAGGAUGCUCGCACCGUGAAGCUGCUGCUGCUGGGUGCUGGUGAGUCCGGGAAGAGCACCAUUGUCAAGCAGAUGAAGAUUAUCCACCAGGAUGGUUAUUCGCUGGAAGAAUGCCUCGAGUUCAUUGCCAUCAUUUAUGGCAACACUCUGCAGUCCAUCCUGGCCAUUGUUCGGGCUAUGACUACGCUCAACAUUCAGUAUGGAGACUCCGCACGACAGGAUGAUGCCCGGAAGUUGAUGCACAUGGCGGAUACUAUUGAAGAAGGCACGAUGCCCAAGGAGAUGUCCGACAUCAUUCAGCGUUUGUGGAAAGACUCGGGUAUCCAAGCCUGCUUUGAACGUGCCUCAGAGUACCAGCUCAAUGACUCUGCUGGCUACUACCUUUCAGACCUAGAGCGUCUGGUGGCUCCAGGGUAUGUGCCCACUGAGCAGGACGUGUUGCGUUCUCGUGUCAAAACUACUGGCAUCAUCGAGACACAGUUCUCCUUCAAGGACCUCAACUUCAGGAUGUUCGAUGUGGGCGGGCAGCGGUCCGAGCGCAAAAAGUGGAUCCACUGCUUUGAGGGCGUCACCUGCAUCAUUUUCAUCGCGGCCCUGAGCGCUUACGACAUGGUGCUGGUGGAGGACGACGAAGUGAACCGAAUGCACGAGAGCCUGCACCUGUUCAACAGCAUCUGCAAUCAUCGCUACUUCGCCACGACAUCCAUCGUGCUCUUCCUCAACAAGAAAGACGUUUUCUCUGAGAAGAUAAAAAAGGCACACCUCAGCAUCUGCUUUCCCGAUUACGAUGGACCUAACACUUACGAGGAUGCCGGCAACUACAUCAAAGUGCAGUUCCUCGAGCUUAACAUGCGACGUGAUGUGAAGGAGAUCUACUCUCACAUGACAUGCGCCACCGACACACAGAACGUCAAGUUCGUCUUUGACGCUGUCACCGACAUUAUCAUCAAGGAGAACCUCAAAGACUGCGGGCUCUUCUGA